UUUUCCCUUGAAACCCCUAAUUUUUUCCCCUAAAAUCGGUAUCCUCAAAACACCGUCUUUCUCUCUGCCACCACUGUCUUCAUCAUCAUCGUUCCCCUACUUUUGCUACUUUAAGCUCGUCAUCUUCUCUAUCACCCUCAUCAACAACAGUAACACCCUUAUCAUCGUUCCCCUGACCAUACCUCUUGCUUCACGGCCCAAAUUAUGCUGGGUUCAUGGCUGGGAAUGCCGUCCCUUUUCCCUCUCUGAAAACUUUUAAAAUCUCCACUUUCCUGGUUAACAAACAUCAUUUUCCGUGAAAAGAAAAUUCAUCUAAAAGACUAAAGGACUAGAGGAAAAGGAAAAAGAUGGAACCAGUGGUGGCAACGGUGAGUGGAUACCACGGCUUGCAACGGUUCAACCUAAUCAAGCUCAUAUCUGUUGUCGGUGCCAGUUAUGUCAGCUGUUUGACUCAAUCAACCACUCAUUUCGUUUGUUUCCUUUUCUCUUAGUACUUUAAAAAAAACAAUUAAAGGAAAAUUGGGGAAAACUAAAUUUAUUUGGAAUUUAGUUAUGUUGGAGAUUUGAAGGAAGGAAAUAUGAGCUUGCUAAGAAGUUAAAGACGAUAAUCGUAAAUCAUCGAUGGAUUGAAUAUUGUAUAAAGGAAUGAAAGCGUUUGCCUAAGGGUCCUUAUAUGUUGCGAAGAAGAGUUAUGUGGUGGAGGAAAGCGAUGAGGAGCUUGCGGAUGCAGGAGUGAAAAUUAAUAUAGAAGAAGAGGAAGAGGAAGAUGAGAUUGUCAAAUCGGAUAUCGAGCUCGAAGGUGACAUGGUUGAGCCUGAUAAUGAGCCUCUACAGAAGGCCAAAGCCAUGGAUGCCAUUUCUGAAGCCAGUGUUUACAUUAAGAUGAAAAAGCCCAGUGCUGCUUUGGAGAUUCGAAAAGAUGUCAAAGGAUCUCUUUUUGUUGUCAAGAGGAAUACGCAGCCUAGGUUUCAGUUUAUUGUGAUGAAUAGACGCAAUACUGAUAAUUUGGUGGAAAACCUCUUGGGAGAUUUCGAGUAUGAAGUUCAGGAUAAAUAUCUACUAUACCACAAUGCUUCUCAGGAAAAAAUGGUAUUUGGUUCUAUGAUGCACAUGAACUCGAGGAGGUUGCGAAUCUUUUUAGCAGGAUUCUUACUGCAUACUCAAAGGUGCCCUAGAAGUCAAAGGCAACAUCAACAAAAGGUAACAAUAUUAAUCACAAAUGCAAUUGAAGAACUGGAAGCUGUCUCAACAAUGGCCAUCAUUGAUGGACCCUUGGAGCCAUCAUCAUCAACUGCACCCAGUGCCGCAGAGAUCCCUGAUGAUCCUGCCUUUGUGAAUUUCUUCAGUGUAUGCAUUUUUCUGUUCAACUUCUGCCCACUGAUUACAUGCAAUACAUUCCAGUACAUUUAGAAUAUUUUUAACAUUGUAACUUUUAACAUUAUUGUAAGAAAAUUUUGUAUUAUAUUUCAGUUAUCAAUUUAUAUCAUAUAUCUUUCUUUGAA